AGGAACGUAUAUUUAUUUGCAUCUCGGCGUUUGAUUUCUCCCUCCAUUUUUCUGAUUUCCCAAUUACCAAAUUCCAAUUUUCAAACUCAUUAGUUGCAAAUCUCUGUUUAAUCUGAUCAUGGGGACUCGCUUAGCAUCCAUCAUCCUCGUUCUGGCGUUUCUGUUCCUCUUUCGGCUGUCUUUAGAAGCCAAAACAAUGGACCCUUAUAAGGUUCUCGGAGUUGAGCGGAAUGCGAGUCAGCGGGAAAUUCAGAAAGCUUUCCACAAGCUCUCUCUUCAGUAUCACCCAGAUAAAAAUAAGAAAAAAGGCGCACAACAGAAGUUUGAAGAAAUAAAUAACGCCUACGAGAUUUUAUCAGAUGAAGAGAAGAGGAAAAAUUUUGAUAUGUAUGGUGAUGAAAAAGGUGCCCCUGGAUUUGGCGCUGGUCCUUCAGGGGAUCAAGGUGGUGGAUAUACAUUCUUUACGAACGGAGGAGGAAGACAGGGUCAGCAGCCUUUCGGGCCAGGCCAGUGGCAGAGUACUGGUGGACAGGGAGGUUCACAGUCUUUCUCAUUUUCUUUCGGUGGGCCUAGUGGUUCAAAUCCCUUCGGCUUUGGCAUGGAAGAUAUAUUCUCCAACUUUUUUGGAGGUGGCUUCAAGGAUAAGGGUAGUUUUGGUGGUCACUCUAAGGCUCAAUCUGGACCUAAAAGUUCAUCAAGCAUCAAGGUCAUUAAUAAACAAUUGUUAAAGAAAGAAAUUGUGGACCAGGGAAUGACUUGGCUCUUGUUUCCAACCACAUCAUCUUUGAAGGGGGUGGAUCAUGUUCAAUCAAUCAUAGAGGAAGUUGCCAGUACAUUGCAGGGGGCUUUAAAGGUUGGAAGAAUAGAUUGUGACUCAGAGUCCUCUUUCUGCAAAGACCUCGGCAUCUACCCUCAUAGGACUCCCAGGAUAUUUGUAUACUCAUACAUAAAAAGCAAUGAGGGUUCUCUGGUAGAGUACAGUGGGGACAUUGAUGUGAAGAGUUUGAAAGGUUUUUGUCAAGAGCAUUUUCCAAGGUUCUCGCAACGGGUCAAUUUGAAGCAGUUCGAUUUUUCUUCCAGCAAUAGAGGAAGACUACCCACUUUAAUGCUUUUGUCUACCAAAAAGGAGACACCUGUCAUCUGGCGUGUCCUUAGCGGUUUGUUUCGCAAGCAGUUCAAUUUCUACGAUGCAGAGGUAACGGAUGCUUCAGAUCCUUCUAUAAAGAAGUUAGGAGUUGAUGCCCUUCCAGCUAUAGUGGGUUGGUUAUCAAAUGGGGAGAGGCAUGUUCUUCGAACAGGGAUUAAUGUGAAGGAUUUGAAGUCUGCCAUUGAUGAUCUUAGCAAUUUACUUAAUGGUUUUGAGAAAAAGAACAGGAAGGCAGCGUCAAGGCCAACUUCCAAAACACAAUCUGAUUCUGUAGAGAAUCAGAUCCCUCUAUUGACUGGGUCCAACUUUGAUUCUGUCUGUGGGGAGAAGACUCCUGUUUGUGUUAUUGGUGCCUUCAGAUCUUCUAAAGCAAGGAACAAAUUGGAAUCGAUCCUAAAAAUGGUGUCUCAGAAGACACUGUCAAGACGGCAGAACUCUACGCCUGGCUCAAAGGAAACCAUAUCCUAUGCUCUUGUAGAUGCAACAAAGCAAGUAUCGUUUCUAAAUGCAUUUGACAGUGCAGGAUUCAAGUCAUCCGAUAAAAUUUUGAUCGCUUACAAACGUCGAAAAGGGAAAUUUGCAGCAUACUUGGGUGAAAUAACAGAAGAAGAAGUCGAAAAAUUCAUCGGCUCAGUACUUAAUGGGGAUGUUACAUUUACAAAUACCCGCCAGAAACCUAUCUUGAAGUGAAAGGUCUGCCAUUAACAACACACAGACUGUAUAUUUUGAGGUCUUAUGUACAUUUUACGAAUAGAUUAAGAAAAAGGGUAUAUAGCGGAGGGUAGAAAAUAUUGAAAAAGUUGGCAUCUGCAUCGUAAGGAAAUGUUUGCCAUCUACAUUUUGAGUUCGUAGUGUCUUAACCUCCAAAGUAAAUUCAAAUGGGAGGAACAGGAUCUCUUUAUUUAAUUAAAUUUUAACUUUACCUA